AUGAAUAAGCCAAUUCUACUCUGCGUUUUCGAUUACGAGGAAACGACACUCAUAAAAAACAAACUUCAAGUGAGCACACCAUAUGACCUUGUUAGUGGUAACCGAAACAAGAAUCCGAAGGGCCUGAUGAGAGGAAGGCUGUGGGAAAGCAUCUCGGUGAAGAUUCAACAGAAUGUGGCCCACACAUCCCUACGGAAGCCAAAGAAAAGUGUCAAAACCCUGACUAUGCCAGUCUACAACUGGAUAGGAGGGAGAGCUGGAAGAAGUGUGUGCCUAAUGCAAUGCAAAGGAAGAAGUGAACUCGGGCAAGUUAUAGCACUACAGAGAAACAAGAGUGUGAUACUAGCAAAUGGAACACGAAAGCGUAAAUGA